AUGAGCCAGGGCUGUGGAAAAUAUGAUUUUUAUAUUGGUCUGGGAUUGGCUAUGAGCUCCAGCAUUUUCCUUGGAGGAGGUUUCAUUUUGAAAAAAAAAGGCCUUCUGCGACUUGCCAGAAAAGGCUCCAUGAGAGCAGGUCAAGGUGGCCAUGCAUAUCUUAAAGAAUGGUUGUGGUGGGCUGGUCUGCUGUCAAUGGGAGCUGGCAAAGUGGCCAACUUUGCUGUGUAUGCCUUUGCACCAGCCACCCUAGUGACUCUGUUAGGGGCACUCAGUGUCCUAGUGAGUGCCAUUCUUUCUUCAUACUUUCUAAAUGAAAGACUUAACCUUCGUGAAAAAACUGGAUGCUUGCUAAGUAUUCUGGGAUCUACAGUUAUGGUUAUUCAUGCUCCAAAAGAAGAGGAGAUUGAGACUUUAAAUGAAAUGUCUCACAAGCUAGGAGAUCCAGGUUUUGUGGUCUUUGCAACACUUGUGAUCAUUGUGUCCUUGAUAUUAAUCUUUGUGGUGGGACCUCGCCAUGCAAACAUUCUGGUGUAUAUCACAAUCUGCUCUGUAAUCGGAGCGUUUUCAGUCUCCUGUGUUAAGGGCCUGGGCAUUGCUAUCAAAGAGCUGUUUGCUGGAAAGUGUGUGCUGCGACGUCCCCUGGCUGGGAUUCUGCUGCUGAGCCUUACAGUCUGUGUGAGCACACAGAUUAAUUACCUGAACAGGGCCCUGGACAUAUUCAGCACUUCCAUCAUGACUCCAAUAUAUUCCGUAUUCUUUACAACAUCAGUUUUAACUUGCUCAGGAAGCCCCUCAGCUAUUCUUUUUAAGGAGUGGCAAGACAUGCCUGUUGAUGAUGUCAUUGGUGCUCUGAGUGGCCUCUUUACAAUCAUUGUGGGAAUAUUCUUGUUGCACGCCUUUAAAGACGUCAGCUUUAGUCUCGCAAGUCUGCCUGUGUCUUUUCGGAAAGAUGAAAAAGCAACGAAUGGCGGUCUCUGUAAUAUGUAUGAAGUUCUUAAUAAUGAUGAAGAGAGCUUCACCUGUGGAACUGAACAACACACGGCUGAAAACAUCUCCCGAAGAAAUGGAAAUCUGACAGCUUUUUAAUAAGAAAGAUGUAAUUAAAAGGUUAAUCUAUAAUUGUGUUAUAAAGUGAAUUUGAGUAUCAGAAUGUGUCUGAAAAAGCAUUGUUCUCAGAUAAGGUUCUCUAGAGACAAUCUUUUUUAAGGUUUCACUAAUCUGGACCAAGAAAUUACUUUUCUUAUAUUUAAAUGAUGGUAGCUCACUAAAAUGACCUCAGUACAUGGCCACUUUCUUUUCCCAUUGUAUUAUUAUAGAGGUAUUUUAAAUUUUCCUUCACCAAAAUCUAAAUGCACUAAUGACAGCUUUAAGUCUAUAAAAAUGCUUUAUUUUUUCAUUGGUGAUGAAAGUCUGAAAUGUAUAUUUGUCAUGCCCACUCUCAAUUUUUGACCAUUUUAAGGCUUUUUUAUUUAAAAAAACAAAAUUACCUCAAUACAUUAUCCUGUAAUUUACCUUACCUG